AUGAUGAUGGAGGCACCUUCUAUGGAUACUGUUUACCAGGCUAUCAGUGCUCUGUACGAUAACCCCAAUGCAAAUGAAAAAGAAAAGGCUUCUAUCUGGCUCGGAGAUGUUCAAAAAUCUAUACACUCAUGGAAAAUUGCAGACCAAAUUUUACAAGAAAAAAAAGAUGAACAGUCUUGUUAUUUUGCCGCACAGACAAUGAGAUCAAAAGUUCAACAUAACCUCUCAGAAUUGCCAUCUGAAGCGGUGGUGUCCCUCCGAGAUUCCUUAGUAGCUCAUUUAGAAAAUGCUGCGUCCGGCACAAAGGGAAAUAACAAUAAUGAGGAAAUUGAGAGGUUACUGUUUGAUAGUAUAGCAUCUUUAGAAGAAUGCUAUCACAUGGCUGUGGCACAUGAAGAAGAGGAGAAGGCGGUGAAUUACGCUAAAGUGUUUACAGAGUUGGCAGAAACAUUUUUGGAGAAGAUUGUGUAUUGUACAGCAAGUGGUAGAGUUCACUUUGCUAUGAGGUCUCUGGAAUUAGCUUUGGUUUGUGUUGGCCACCAUGAUUAUGAGGUAGCAGAGAUAACCUUCAAUCUCUGGUAUAGGUUGUCAGAAGAGGUGUAUCAGAGAGAUCAACAGCCCCUUACGGAUGCAUUCAAGCCACACAUAGAACGGUUGAUUGAAGCGCUUGCUCGACACUGCCAGUUUGAGCCAGACAACACCAAGUUGCCUGAUGAGGGUGAUGAGUUUUACGAUUUUCGGAUGAAAGUGAUGGAGCUGAUCAAGGAUGUGGUGUUUAUUGUGGGUUCGAGUGCGGUGUUCCGUCAGAUGUUUACAGCUCUACAGGCAAACAUAUCCUGGGAACAAACAGAGGCUGCACUGUUUAUCAUGCAGGCUGUCGCCAAAAAUAUUCUGCCGGACGAGCACGAGUACGUUCCGAAAGUGGUGGAGGCCAUCCUGUCGAUGCCCGAGGACAGCCACGUGGCCGUGCGGCGCACGUGCAUCAUGCUGCUCGGCGAGCUGUGCGAGUGGAUCGAGCGGCACCCCGCGUGCCUGCAGCCGUGCCUGCACACGCUGGUGCGCGCGCUGCAGCACCGCGGGCUGGCGCCGGCAGCGGCCGCGGCGCUGCAGAGCGUGUGCAAGGCGUGCCGCGCGCAGGCCUCGGCGCACGUGGCCACGCUGGUGGCGGCGGCGCGCGCGGCCGACGCGGCGCCGCAGCCGCUGGCCGGCCAGGCCGGCGCCACGCUGCAGCGCGCGUUGGCCGCCGCGCUGGGAGCGCUGCCCGCCGCCCAGCUAGCCGCCGCCAUGCGGGACGCGGCGGCCGGCCAGCUGCAAGCGCUGCGCGCGCUGCUCGCCGCGCCGCCCGCCGAGCUGCGCAAGGGCACGCGCUCGGACCCCGUGCUGUGGCUGGACCGGCUGGCGGCGCUGUUCCGCGACGUGGACGUGCCCUCCGCGGCGGCGGCGGCCGAGCCCCACCCCUGCAUGCCCGCCCUGGAGGAGUCGUGGCCCGUGCUCUACGACGUCAUGAAGAAGUGGGUGGGCGAGGCGCGCGUGAUGGAGCGCGCGUGCCGCUGCCUGCGCUUCGCGGUGCGCGCCGUGGGGCGCGGCUGCGUGGGGCUGAUGCCGCAGCUGAGCCGCGUGCUGCCCGAGCUGUACAACGAGCGGCCGCACGGCUGCGUGCUCUACCUGUGCGGCGUGCUCUGCGACGUGGUGGGGGCCGAGGCGGCGGCCGAGCUGCUGGCGCUGCUGCACGCGCUGCUGCCUCCCGCGCUGGCGCUGCUGCAGGCGCCGGGCGGCCUCAAGGACAACCCCGACACCGUGGACGACCUGUUCCGGCUGUGCAUACGGUACCUGCAGCACGUGCCGGUGGCGCUGCUGUCGUCGGGCGCGGCGCCGUCGCUGCUGCAGUGCGCCGCGCUGGCCAGCCGCCUCGACCACCGCGACGCCAACUCCUCCGUGAUGAAGUUCCUCUACGACCUGCUGCGCUGCGCCAACGACGCGGACGCGCAGCCCGACAAGCGCCAGAUCAAAGAGUUGGCGGACGAGGCGCUGUCAAUGUACGGCGAGGAGCUGACCUAUGCCCUGAUGGAAGCGUCCGUGCUGCACCUGCACCCAUACAUGCUGGGCGAGGUGGGCGAGGUGCUGCUGGAGCUGGUGGCGUGGCAGAAGGCGCGACAUUUGCCGUGGCUUCACUCGGCUCUGGCGCGGCUGCCACACGACCGCCCCGCCACUGCCACCGAGCAGCAGUGCUGGCACUUCCACCAGUACGCGAUGAGAGCCGAAAAGUGCAAGGAGAUGACGAAACUGUUGCGUGAAUUCGCAAGACUGUAUCGA